AGACAUGUAAAGUGCCUGCUAGUUUAAUUUGCUUUGUUACUUCUGCAUAUGUAUCGGAAGUUACCGGUACCUACUACCUAAGAGACGACAAUGAGAUUACUUCACAAAAUACCGAAGUUUUCUCUAGCCAUCCGUUAUAUUUCAUCAUCUCCUACCCUUUUCAAACAACCACCUCAUGACAAACUACGAUCCAAAAGAGCCAACCCCCACCUUUUCAUUCGCUCCCCUUUUACGAUCAAGCACCGGCUGACAGUCUACCGAGUAAAGAGGUAAAAAUUGGUGGUCACUGGGGAUCAAUGGAUGAGAAAACCAAGAAAUUAAGGUUUCGUCAUGGCGAACAAUUGAAGGCGAUACCUACAUCGUUUGAAAAGAUAGAAGAACUAUUCUAUAUUGAAGACAAUAUGUGGUUUCAUUCCAUUGAUAUUCCUUUAAAACAUCCGGAAAUGUUAGAUUUUUCCCAAUUUGUCACACGAACCAAACUUAUACCAUGGAUACCUGAGUCAUAUAGCUAUGACAAUUCACACUUAUCGAGUUAUUUAAAUUACCUCUUCAUGGAAGAAUUGAAAUGUGUAAACAGUUGUCCAAUUAACACGCGUGAUCAAAGUGACCACAGCUUUAAUUUACGUAUGAAUUAUCGACGAAGGAAAAUAUCUAUGAUUAUGGAAACAAUUUGUCGAGCCUUUCUAUCAACUGAGACAGAAUCACUAGUCGGUGGAUUAUCGACACAAAUUGAUGAGCAUGCAUUGAUAGAGAUGUUUUUGAAACGAUUAGUCGAUCGUGAAGUAUUUGAAACUACGGAGGAAGUGAAUGAAGAUAUUUAUGAAUCAGUAAAUGAGACCAUUCUUGACUCUGAAGGUUGUGUACAUUAUCGAAUACGUUCUGAGGUAGCGUGGCAGUUAAGAGGACCGUUUCCUUUGAAAGCUCAUUUCAAUUCGAACGAUCCCGUAUGCUUUCCCGAUAAACCUAUCCUAUGCAGUUAUCGUCCAGAAGCAUUCGAUUUGAAACAUGUUGAAUGUUAUAAUUUCAACUGUCUACCGUUCUCAAGAAGAAUCGAUUUUUCAGAAUUUGCUCGAUCAGUCGCAGGUUAUUGGUCUCGAACACCAUUUUGGGAAGGUGACCCAUGUGAAUUUGGUUUGCUUGGAGUGAUUGAUUUGAAUAAUUCGGAACAUGUACGAAAUGAAAUCAGCCAUACUACUCUUCCAGAAAAUGUUAAGGAGAAUAUUUUGAUGCGUCAUGGGAUUGCUGAAGCUAUUCUUACAGCGUUCGCAUGGACAUCAGCACAAGCCUACAAUCAAGGUUUUACUCUGUACAACGAACUAACUUACCCUCUGUGUGCUCAAUUAAUUUUAAUGGAUGAAACACAUAUUCAGUUGUUACGCUUUCAGUUGAACUCAAUAACGUCAUUAUGGAAAGCUGAAGAUUCAAUGUUGCCAUAUAAUUUAGCUUGGUAUUCUCCACGUGUAGAAUUGUGUAAAUUACACUCAGAUUCAGGAUCCAACUCCUGGUUACAUGUAAAUGAAGAAGCCAUUUCACUCAUAACAUCUGCUAUGCUGCAUCCUGUGGAUAAAACAGUUUCUAGUGAAACACUUCGUCCUUAUCUUGCUGAUGGUUCGGCUCCAAGAAAUUAUCUUAUUUCGAAGUCAGAUAAACGUUUAAUUCCUUCUAAAAAAGUUGGAAACACUUAUGAUGAGCAAUAUGGUGAUAUAUCUAAAUCUGUGCUCAGUGAAUCUGAAAUGGAGGCAUUAAAAACUACUGGUAAACUGGGUCAGAAGAAAAGAAGAAUACGUUUGUUUACUGCCAAACGUCCACAUCCAAAUGAUAUAUUUUUCUACAAAGUAUGUUCAUAUUUCGUUCUUUUUAACUUGUCUUCUAUAUUAAUAUGCAGUACAUGCAUACACUAUUUACGUGCCGACUGGACGUGCAAAAAGGUGCUCCUUUGUACGAAUUGCAUUUUUAUUUUGAGUGCCUUAUCUAUGUGAAGAGAUGACUAAUUCUUCGAUAUUCGCUUGACGCAUCUGUUCCACUGCAUUGUAAUGUAUAUUUCACAAAUGUGUUUCAUAACGUAUUCAUUUAACUUAGAUAGAAAUCUAUUUCACAGAAGGGUUAUCAGAGAAGGGAGUUGAGUAGGAAGUCAUGUUUGUUUGUUUAUUGCUAGUUUCACAGAGUUCAGUGUUAGGUUGUUGUUGUUGGCGGCUUUUCGGACACUUUGAACCUAGAUAUUUCGUAAUUGCUGAUAUUCGUCAAGAGGAUAUUCGUAACUGCAUUGAAUUUCCCACUUUCUGUAAGAUUUAGACCUGCAUCACUCAUGGACACUAGUGAAAAUGUUAUCAUUGAACUAUCCGUAUUUCAAAUUCAUCUUUAACAGAAUCACCAGUCACUUGAGACUUCUGCCAAUCGCACUAACUAAUUUUUCUUUUCCAGAGAUUUGAUUUAUUUACAGGUUAGUCCUUUUUAUUCAGUAUGAAGGGGCAGUGUUUGUUCUGGUUGAUAUUCAUUAGAAUUUCUUCACUUUGAUUUUAAAGUUAACAUGAGUUGGAGAAAAUCUUGGAACCAUGGAUCGAUGGACACUGUUGUGUGCUAUAAUAUGUGACUGAUUUGCAGCCAAUAUCGACUAGUGAUAAGUGCUCCAAGCAGUUUCCCGUUUGGUUAUCUAAAGCAUAAUUAAGUAAUAUAAGGUUUACUACACAGCAGCUUGAUAAGUACAAUACAAUGAUUACCACAUACAUGUUUCUUAUACUCAGUAAAAUGUUAAAAGCUUAAUCUUUUGAUUGAUUCCUUUUCAUAUGAUAGUUAACAGAUAAGCAUACUCUUGUUGAUGAGAUCAAGGAGACAAUGCCAGAUUUUGGUGGACCAUUCAGCAGGCUUCCAGAACCUUAUCUCAGUAAGAUGAGAGAAUAUCAAGAGAUGAAACGCAGAGCUCAACCACGAAUACGUGUUCAACCACCUCCGCGUCGCUGGCGUUGAUCGGAUAUAUCUACGAUCCAAUUUAGCAAUGACCUGCAAUUUCUGCUUUGAAUUCGUGAUAAAACACACUGUACAGAAAUAAAAAUGUUGAUUCAC